CCUCUCCCAAUAAUUCCCGCACGUGCUUCCACCCCCAUCCCCUUCCCCGCCGGAAAAACCUCCAUUUUCUUUUCCAUUUCUUUUCCCACUUUCCGACCUCAAAUCCCCCCAUUUUCCCAACCCUAAUCCCACAUUUCCAUUCCUUUUUUAUUCUUCCUUAAGAUUCAUCACCACUCAAUAAACAAAAAAAAAAUCCCACCCCGGAUUCUUCUGUUUGUUGUUUUUAUGUUUUUCUUCUUUCUCCUGAGAUUGUUUUAAGGGGUAUUGGGUAAUGUUCAGUGUUUGUUUGAUCUGAGGCUUUUUUUUCUUUUUUGUUAUUGGGUUUUUUUUUUGAAUUGGAGAUGGGGACGGUAACAUCGUCCAUGGCGGCGAAGUUUGCGUUUUUUCCUCCGAAUCCGCCGUCGUAUAAGGUGGAAGAGGUGGAGGAGGGUAGUGGGAAGUUGGUGAUGACGGAGGUAGCAACGAGGGGAAAUGUUGAUGUUUUGAAGCUUAGUACAAAGAGAGGGAACCAAGUUGUGGCUCUGUAUGUAAAGAAUCUAUCGGCUAAUUUAACGUUGCUUUACUCUCAUGGGAACGCUGCUGAUUUAGGGCAGAUGUACGACUUGUUUGUGGAGCUUAGUGUUCAUCUUCGAGUCAACUUGAUGGGGUACGAUUAUUCGGGAUAUGGUCAAUCUACUGGAAAGCCAAGUGAGCAGAAUACUUAUGCAGACAUUGAAGCUGUGUAUAGAUGCUUAGUGGAGAAGUAUGGGGCAAAGGAGGAAGAUGUUAUCUUAUAUGGGCAAUCAGUUGGCAGUGGACCCACUUUAGAUUUGGCUACUCGGUUACCGAACUUGAGGGCGAUAGUUCUUCACAGUCCAAUCUUGUCAGGUGUUCGAGUCAUGUAUCCAGUGAAGCGAACAUUCUGGUUCGACAUUUAUAAGAAUAUUGACAAAAUCCCAUUGGUCAAUUGUCCAGUUCUUGUAAUUCAUGGGACUGCUGAUGAAGUUGUUGACUGGUCCCAUGGAAAACAACUUUGGGAUCUUUGUAAAGAGAAGUACGAGCCGUUAUGGAUAAAAGGAGGAAACCAUUGUGACUUGGAGCUUUACCCGCAAUACAUAAAGCAUCUCAAGAAGUUCAUUUCUGCCAUUGGGAAAUCACAGCCUAGGAGCGGACCUGGACUACUCGCGAAUCAGCUCGAUAUUCCACGAAACAGCACUGACUUCAGAGAAAAGUCUAGACCCAGCACAGAUCAAAGAGAGAAAACCAGAAUGAGCGUUGAUCAGAGAGAAAAGCCAAAGAUUAGUACGGACUGUAGGGAAAAAGUUAAAGUUGCAAAUGGUAAUGGAGACAGGUCAAGAAAGAUGUUAGAUAGACCGGAGAAGUUGGCGACUUGUGCAGACCAGCCAGAGAGAGCGAGGAACAGUAUUGACCGGUUUGGGGACAUGGUGAGAUCGGUUGGAUUAUGCAAUAUAGAUUGUUUCAAACCCACGGCGACUCAUGUAUAGCAGAGCAGUUUACUCGAGUCGAAGCUUAAUUUUCGUGAGUGUUUAACUAUUUGUUGGUUGGUUUGGUUGAAGAAGUCUAAAAAUCAUUGGUUUUCACCAUUGAAAGUAAAGGUAGGAAAUUGAUUUAACCAAGGAGUAUUUAUGCAUCUUCUAUAUGCUCACAACUAAUAAAUCUAACCCUUCUCCCUUCCUUUCAAAGUUUGAUUGUGUAUGGUGUGUGUUAACUUUGUUACCAUUUCCAACUCUUAUAGAAAUGGAGUUUCCUUCACAGGUUUGUCAUUCAAA